AUCGCUUUUGGAUUUUUCUUGGUUGUAUUGACUUUUCCUUGGUUUAAGAAAAAUUAGGUCUAUUACCGGUCGGUCUAUUAUUGUGGUCUCCUUGAUAAGUGCAGUCAAGCGUCUGGUGUUUUUACGUCUUUAACUAAUCUCUUUGUAAAGUCUUGUUUUGUUCAGUUGUCUGUCUGUCCUAACCAGCAUCAACACAGAGUCCAUUUGAGGAAUGUUAAACCAAUACACUUUAUAUUUUAUCUUUGAUGUGAUACAGCUAAAGGAUUUCAUGUACUUGUUGUGAACAGAGGGAUAUAUGAUUGAUAUGGAACUAGAUCUUCAUAUCGUAAGUGAAGAAUCCUGUCAGCAUGGGUGAAUGGACUUCUGAUAAUAUGAUCAGUAAAAUGAACAAAUGGCAGAAUAGACUUGAUUCAACAGAUCUUGAACACUCGGAUGACAUACACCAAAUAGAGCAAAAGCAAUACAGCUUUGAAGGAACAACCAAUGUGUGGCAGAAGAGCAAACAGUCUGAUCCGUCUCAUAGUUACGAUCCUUUUCGCGAAGAUGAGCCGAGAGUUUGUGCUCUAGAGACAUUGCAUUUGAACAGCACAAUGAGGAAGCAUUUGUGUAAGGGACAGAGCUUUGAUAUGAGUGAGAUUGGGUUCAAUGUAGAUGUUCCUUAUGACUAUACACACAGUCUUCAGCCAGAGAGUGAUAUUGAAGAGUACAUUGUAAUAGAUGAUGUCCAUGGUGAUUCUUAUGAUCCAGUAAAAGCGGAUGAAUAUUUAUUGUGCCAAGAUUGCUCUGGUGAUGUCUCCGAUGCUGUACUGACAGUGAUGGGGAAAGACAAGAGGAAAUGGAGGUUCAUGAGAGCAAAGCAGCAGAGAACAGGUCCACGUCAACCCAUCCGUGUUGAUAGCAUGGAAGACACUUUGAACAAGCUCAAAAAGUCAGAUAAACCUCUCGUUGGUAAGCCCAAGACACUGUUGAUACCAAAGUCAAAUACCACAUCAGACAUUGGGACAAGGGAUGGAGAUAAGACUCCUUCUGGUGCCUUUCGACCCAUCAAGUCUGAACCAGCGUUAGGCACACAGAUGGACAACGUUUCCAAAGAAACAUCCACUCAGUGCAAUGUCAGAAAGACAAACGCACAAGGAAUAGAAGGUGGCAUGCUAUACAGGCAGAAGAGAACAAUGUCGAUGCCUGAGGCACCCACCAAAGGCAAGCUGAAGAAACUGCAAAGCCAGAUAUCAUCUGUAUUCAAGAAGCGAGAGAGCUACCCUCAUGACGAAGCUUACACCAGAUGCUCCAGGAAGCGAUACGUUUCCUCAUCAUCCUCGUCAUCUUCAGAGACCUCCCCCAUCAUUGCUUCCUACCUCUCAUCUCCAGAGGUGUUUCAGGAUGAACCUUUCUGUGAAAUAGACAUUGAUGUGGAAGAGAUAGAGAAGGAAGCAAGUGAAUUUGAGAAUAUUGUGGAACCGAGUUGGGUAUCUCAAUCAAGCAUUUUGUUGUCCCACAGUCUGGUACAUCAAAACAGUCAAGAGGAAUGUACUGAAACAGAAGAGUGGGUUGUUUCAAAGUCCGGAGAGUAUAUGUACUUGUUCAAAGAACCCAAUGCUCACAGUGAAGGGGAUGGAUUUUCUAGCAGGAAUCAGGACUUGCCAGCAGUCAAUGCUGACGUAGUGCCUGAGAGUCAUGCUGCCAUCAGUGUUGAAAAGGGUACAGGUUUUGCUAGCAGUUGCGGCAGUGAAGGAGGUGUGAGUGGAAGCAGUGCUCAGCUGCCGAUCUCCCGGCAUUGUACUUCUUCGCUCACUUUAGGGACCAUGAAUAAUGAAUUCCAAUUAACAGACGGAAAAUUUGGUGCUGUAAGCCCAGACACCAUCAGCCCCGGGGUAGUAGUUCAAGCUCAUGAGGUCGCUGAAUUGUGCAUCCCCAAUGACAAUGGCAUCAAUCACAACAAUAGGUCCACAUCAGAGAGCCCUGAGCAAGGGUAUAGUACUGCUCCAGAGACAGACAAUAUGCCUGAAUGUCAAGAGUCAAUGGCCUAUGAUAGCGAUGAGAAUGACAAUAGUAAUAGCAGUUCUUAUUCUUCAUGCGAUGAAACCGUGAAUGACAAAUUUACCAGGGACCUAGCAUCUGCAGGUGUAUUCAGCAAUGACUCUGAGCAUGUGAUCAUCACUGCAUCGUUGCCGGUUGGUCCUAACUUGAUCCCUCAGGCCGAUCCUAUACCUAUGUUGAUGGAUGCUCCUCCCCCGAGGGAUACCGCCCUUCUGGAUGGAGACGGGGAGGAUGAGGAUAAACCAGGAGGAGCAGCGGAAGAUCAAGGAGAGGAGCCGGAGGAUGGGGAGGUCAACUACAGUCAACAUGUUGGUGCAUCCCUCGUCAACAACACCAUGGCCAUCAUGCUUCUCAUAGACCACAAGUUGGGCUCAGGGUCCUUCCAGUUCUCACCCAGUGCAGAAGACAGUAUCUUACAAGAUGAUGGGCCUGAUGAAGGUGGUCCUGAAGGUGACAUUGAUGCAGUCCAGUUCCAGUACCAGGAUCCUGAUGAGAACCUUGAGGAGGAUAACCUGCUGAUGGCCAGGACCUUACACUACAUGAACCGUCAGCAACAGGAACUAGACAGGUAGGAACUGGACUACUUUCUCCUUGUUAAUUCUCACAUUUUCAGAAACCAGGGGCCACUUUAUCAAAACCAUCUCAAGUUUAUUAAGUUUGUGUAAAUCUCAUUGAAACAUGUGUUAAUUCACAUAUUUCCAUGGAAUGUGUGAUAACUUGGAUUUAUUACAGUUUCAAGAAAAUGGGCCCUGGUAACUGAUAGAUUUACAUUUAUUCAUGUUUCCCCCAAAUCCAUGGUAACAAACUUCUUUAAAGGCGGUGCCUGUGACACAUGGGCACCCAAAUCAGAACACCCAAAAUUUUGACAUUUGUACUGUACACAUCUGGACCCCUGUCCAAAAACUUUGGUGUCGAGCCCUGGUACAAGAUUUGAGAUGUUUAAUUUUCUCUACAUGAAGCAGUUGUCAUGUAAUACUACACUGCAGAUGCAAUUAGGCACCUCUUUAUUGCUUCAUUUAACUAGACCCUGAAUUUUGGUUGUGAUUUUCUUUUGUAUGUUUUGUUUUAUUUUGACAUAAUUUUUUUUUAAAUGUGAGAGACAUCAACUUCACACACAACUUGGUUCGUUUUUUUGUGGCUGCUGUCAGCUAGGCCCUGGUUUUUUUAAUGACAAGUUUGUGUGUGUGCUGUUAUGUUUUAUUUUGCUUUAAGAAAAAUAAAUGUGCAAGACAUUAACUUAAGAACGAUCUUUACUUUGGUUUUCAACAGUGUUGAUCAACCUCCCUGCUUUGAUUUGGUUUGUCUGUAUAUUCAUAAACAUUUUGUUAGUUGCCCGCAUGAAGGCUGUUACUGUUAAUGACAAUCCAUGGCUCUAAUGAUCUUCUUGUGGGCAGCCAAUGAAUUAUACCCUCAUCUCUGCUGUGUUCAUAAGUUUAAACCCAAACCGUCGAUGGAGAUGGGGUACGAUGUGUUCAUGGACCCUGGGACUCUCAACAUGUGUUGAUGUGGUGUGUGAUUUUCAUAGGGCAUUAAUUCCUAAAGUGCAUCAGCAUUUUACACGGCUUAAGUGGUGUUAUUCUUCCAUUGGGGCACGAGAGCUGGCCAAUAAAGUGCUUUUCAUCCCUGUAAUUGCAAAGUGGAGAUGCAUUGUAAACUGAUUUAGAAGUAGAUCUUUAAAGCCCAGUAUGUGUAGGCCAACAGACAUUUAGCCAACAGAUAUUGUGAUAGUCUCUAAUAUUCAUUCUAUCUUGUACACUGUAGGAAAAUAAAAAGAAUAUCUAUGCAGGAUGUUAAUGAUGCUUUAAAAGCCCUAGGACCAACUGAAAAUCAAUUUUAAGGUUCUUUUUUUUCUUUCCUUCGUUGUAAUAUAAACAUAUAGAGUUUGACCAAUCACUUCCUUGCUAGCGUUUGGGAAGUAUAUCGUCUGUUUGGAAUCAGAAGGGCAUUAUUUCAUAUAAUAUUUCAUAGGCUUUAAUAUUAAUGCCCUGCUGGCUCCAAACAGACAAAUUAUCAUGUAAGAAAUCAAUAGCACUUUCCGGUAUCAAAGAGAAAUGAGUAUGAAUAUUGAGAGACAUACUACAUGGCAUGUAUUCUGUAUGAAGUGUUAUUUGUUAUUUGUGAAUGCUCUCAGGAGAUGAUAUAACUCAUCUUGGUUUUAGGAUAAAUAGAUGAAUACCUGACACUGACGAACAUCGAUAUGAGCGUAUUAUGCAUUGUGCCAUUUUGAUAUCUUUUCCUGAUAUGAACAUACUCUUUUAAAUCAGAAUGUUAAUAUUGUAUGCAUCUUCUCUUUGGAAGAUGAACAAAAAAAGACCAGUUGUAGUAUUGAUGGAGAGGAGAUGUAUGCAGAUAUAUUCUGUACAUUCUCUUUGAGUUAUGAUGAUUUACCUGCUCCUCACAGCCAGAAGGGCAUUAACUCAUAGACCUCAACACAGAGUUAACACCCUUCUAGCUUUCAACAGAUGAUGUCUUGUCUGAGUCAAAAGUGUAUCGGGCUACAACAUGGACGUAAAGGUCACAACUGAGACGUACAUUUAUAAUCAAUCUCAAUAAUUUGAUUCAAUAAUUGUUACUGAUUGUGCCCAUACUUGGUACGUGUAGCAAAUAAAGGGUGACAUUGGUGCCAUCACAGGGACUUGAACCAUAUUCCCUAUGAUCACCAGUCCGGUGACUUAUGCACUAGACCAUAACACCUGUACAACUUCCUCAAUGUUUUCCUUGGUUUACCAUGCAGUGCUUGAGAUAACACUUCGGCUGAAGGCUCAAGUACACUGGAUUGUCUGAUGUCUUGAGAAUGUUGGUUUGCCUUAAAUGUUAAUAUAAAACACUAGUGGUCAAGUAUUAGAACAGUACCUGCGUAACUUGAAUCGUGGAUGAAUAGGCAAGUGAUGUCCUUUGGUUUCUAACCACACAUUUCUCAGUGGUCAGACGAAGAAUGGUGCUUUACACACCCCUGAAUAUUCUUGAAGUUCAGCGGUAAAGUGCUCUUUUGUAGCCAAAUGUCAUGCAUUUUGUGUCAACUAUGUUUGCCUUAGAUGUAAGAAUAUGCAUUGGUUCCAGGAAACCUCUUUUGUUGUACUGAGGUACACUAAUUUAGGCACAAAACUUUUAUCUUUCCCUUGUGGUAAAAUCUCACAUCAAGCAAUCUGUUCUUUGAAAGUUUUAAAACACACUCACAAAGAUUUCAAUAAAUAAACUCAAGGAGAAUAUCAAUAAUCUAUUUGUUCAUAGGAAUAAUGUUUGGAAUACGUCAUUAUCAUGUACCUGCAUUUCAAUAAGUUACACACAAGGCUAUUGCAAUUUCCCUGGGAUGAUUUCCUAAAAGUCUUUAAGAUUAUGUUUUUCCUGCUUGGAAAUUGAAAUAAUAAACACCCCACUACAACAGCUCUGCAGGGAGAUGAAAUAUCAUAACAAUCCAGAAUUUAUGAAACUUACAUGAGGUAUGAAGAUGAAAAAUAUUGAAAUUAAAAUCUUUUAUUUUGAGCCAGAAUGACAUUUACAGAGCUGCGAACCAUUCCGUUUUUGCCGGAAUUACUCCGUUUUUUCCUCCCAAUUACUGUAUUAUGUUUUUUCUUCAUAAA